AUGCUGCUCCGGGACCUGGUGCUGCGCGGAGGCUGCUGCUGGCCCUCGCUGCUGCUGCACUGCGCGCUCCACCCGCUCUGGGGCUUCGUGCAGGUGACUCACGGUGAGCCCCAGAAGUCCUGCUCCAAGGUGACUGACAGCUGCCAGCACAUCUGCCAGUGCCGACCACCUCCCCCUCUGCCCCCACCGCCCCCGCCCCCACCGCCUCCCAGACUCCUCUCGGCCCCACCUCCCAAUUCCACCUCGUGUCCCGCCGAGGAGAGCUGGUGGUCGGGGCUGGUGGUCAUCAUCGCAGUAUGCUGUGCCUCCUUGGUGUUCCUGACUGUGCUUGUCAUCAUCUGCUACAAAGCCAUCAAAAGGAAACCACUGAGAAAAGACGAAAACGGCACGAGUGUCGCUGAGUACCCCAUGACCUCCUCCCAGAGCAACAAAGGGGUGGAUGUGAACAACGCGGUGGUGUGAGUCUGCAGCCCUGGACCCACUGGCCAGAGGGAUACCUUGGUGGCACAAUGGACAUGUGAAAGCAGGGGGACAUGAGCAGACCCUGGGCUUGCCCAGGACUUCACAGCCUUGCAGGCCUUGCAUCUCCCAAAGAGGAAACCAUCCACUUCCCAGCCCUGCCGCGUCAGCCCACCGGCCUGGGCAGCGCAGACACAGGCCCGAGCCAGGGACCCUGCAUGCAGCCUGCGGAGGCAUCCCUGCCUGUGGCUCUUCCUAAGCCUCUUCCCUGUCUUGUGCGUGAUCCACUGGCCAUCCCCCAGCACUAUCUAAAGCACGUGCUCAUACAGAAAGGCGGGAGGGCAGGGGUAAUCUGUCUAUCUGUCUGCUGUGACAGGGAAACAUCCCUUUUAGUUAAAAGAAAGGCAGCCCAGAGUCCACCUCCAGCUGAGACCCUCCCCUCUGCCAGGAAGCCCACCUGCUUCUCUGCUGACCCUGCAGCUCCCUUCAGAAGCCACUGGCACAGCCCUGAGACCCCUUCAAAGGUGCUUCCACACAUCUGCCAUCCCCUUCCCUUGCCCUUCCCCAUCCACACUGUCCUCAGCGCCUGCCUUCCCCUCUGCUCCUACCAACGCCUGAGCUGGGCCUGCCUGCCCACCACCGAGGGCUGUCGGCCCCAUGACCAACCCACUCUGGGGCAGUAAAGCUCGUUUACACUCGGGGUGGUGUCUGACCUCCUGGGGCAAUAGUGACUCCAAGCCCUAGGCCCAGGGCCACCAGGAAGGACACCUGUUCUUAGACACAUGCCUAGACCCACAUCGUGGAAACUGAUGCAUCCCUGUGAGCCAGGCCCUGCCUUCGCUCAGCAGAGCCCACCAAUGUGCCCAUCCCUUGCAGGUGGCACUCAGGCCCUCCUGAUAGACCCUGGCCCCUGCCUCGUCGAGAAGGAGGGGGUGUCCCCAGUGUCUCCCUAUAACAGUCUCUCUGUGGUCAUAUGUUCUGAAAUUGCUGAGCAGUCUGGACUGGGUGGCAGAUGGAAGGCAGAAAAGCGGGGAGGGAAGAAUGGACCCCCCAGUCUUGGUCACCCCGCCUGGCUGGCCUGGUCCCCAGGGCCUGCCUGCCCCGAGGGGCACAUUGCUAGGCCCAAGAAGCCAGCAGCCUUGUGACUUUGUGUCCCCUUGUGCACUGAGAGGACACUUGUGAUCCCAUGAGUCCCCUCCCCUCCCCCCACACUUGCCCAGAAGGAACCAGACACAUUUAAUGGGGCCACUAUGGCCACGUAGGGAUUUACCUGGGUGGACCCAUUUGUCCCCCAGACCCCCAUGGAAACCAGUGUGGUUCUCUGGCCACAGAAAUUGUCACCCUCUCCAACCCAGGUGAGGCUACACCCACUACAACCCGGGUGAGGUUACACCUUUGCCAAUCCAGGUGAGGUUACACCCUCUCCAUCCCAGGCGAGGCUGACACCCUUGCCAAUCCAAGUGAGGCUGACAAACUUGAAAGCCAAUCUCCACAUGGGGGAACCUCAAAAGGCCCAUUGUGCCAGAGACUUGUGCCUGUGCAGCUAUCUGGGUGUCAUCGUCAAGGAGAAUUUGCUGUGACUGUAACCCACAGCCUGCCCCGGCCAGUGGUGCAGGCUGAGACCUGCCA